AUGGCUUUUUCAUCAAAACAAACUAUUUUUAAAGUUCUUUUUAAAGACGAUGAUUUUGAUACAACUGUGGAUAGAACCAUUUAUUAUGAACUGGUCAAAUAUGCCUUAAAAAAAUAUUGUUCUUUUGACUUGACUGAAAAAAAUAUUUCUCAAACUGUUGAAAAACAUACUGAAGAUCAACCAAUAGAUAUAGAAAUUAUUGAUAUGCCUAUUACGUCCAAACACCAAUUAAAGGAAUCAAUUAGCAUCUUCUUAGCAAAAGCCACUUCUUUUAUAUCUAAAGAUAAACAAAAGCAAGUUUUAUAUGCCGAUAUGAUUAAAUAA